ACAGCCGCGGCGCUGCCCAGCUGGAACGAGACCUCAGAGUGGAUCUCGGCUUCAGGGGAAUGCCCAUGACAGAGGAGCAGAGGCGACAGUUCAGCCCUGGACCUCGCACCACUAUGUUCCGCAUCCCCGAGUUCAAGUGGUCGCCCAUGCACCAGAGGCUGCUCACUGACCUCCUCUUUGCCUUGGAGACCGACGUGCAUGUGUGGAGAAGCCACUCCACCAAGUCGGUGAUGGACUUUGUCAACAGCAACGAGAACAUCAUCUUUGUGCACAACACCAUCCAUCUCAUCUCCCAGAUGGUGGACAACAUCAUCAUCGCCUGCGGGGGCAUCCUGCCGCUCUUGUCCGCUGCCACCUCGCCCUCCACAGAACUGGAGAACAUCGAGGCGACACAGGGCAUGUCGUCGGAGACGGCUGUCACCUUCCUGUCGCGGCUGAUGGCCAUGGUGGACGUGCUGGUCUUCGCCAGCUCGCUCAACUUCAGCGAGAUUGAGGCAGAGAAGAACAUGUCCUCCGGCGGGCUCAUGAGGCAAUGCCUGCGACUGGUGUGCUGCGUGGCUGUGAGAAACUGCCUGGAGUGCCGGCUGCGGCAGCGCGAUCGCAACUGCAAGUCGGCCGGCAGCAAGUCGCAGGAUGGCUUGCAUGCUGCUGGCACCGCCAGCAAGGACCCGGACCGCCUCCUCCAGGACGUGGACAUCAACCGUCUGCGUGCGGUGGUUUUCAGAGACGUGGAUGACAGCAAGCAGGCUCAAUUCUUGGCUCUGGCCGUGGUCUACUUCAUCUCUGUGCUGAUGGUGUCCAAGUAUCGAGACAUCCUGGAGCCUCAGCGGGAGAUGGGCCGAUCAGCUAGCCUGUCCGGACGCAGCAUCCGACACGAGAUCAACUCACCCACCAGCACAGAGCACCCGUCCUCUACCUUGUCUCAGUGUGACAAGCAGACAGCCGUCACCGCAGAUGACUCCUCACCCCGUGCUGGCCUGCCCCACACCGACUCGGGCAUCGGCGAGGAGGGCCACACAGGCGGCUCCCUCAAUGGCUCCGAGACGGGGCGGGAAGUGGACAGGGAGCGGGCCUCGGGCAUGGGCGCCCAGGCCGACCUGCUGUGUGCUCUGUCGGAUGUCGGCAGGUCGCACGAGAGCCUUCUGGACUCCCCCCGCAAUCCCGAUGGCAGACAGGCGCCGCCUUCGUCCAUUUCCGGCAUCAGCCAUACCAAUAAAGGCAUCAACGUCAAGGAGAUCCUGAAGAGCCUGGUGGCCGCUCCGUCGGAUGGCAGCGACUCGGGCCAAGAGUCCGGGCCGACGCCAUACCAGCCCGACCCCACCUUGAAGAGCUACCCGGCACUGCCCAUGCAGUUCCACUCCUUUGAUAGGAGCGUCAUGGUCCCGGCAAAGAAGCCGCCACCCGGCAGCUUGUCCGUCAAUACGGUGGGUACGCCCACCGCCGGGGGUGCCGCCAGCACGCCUAACAUCUUUGCCGCCGCCGUGACACCCAAGAGCAUGAUCAAUACCACAGGAGCAGACUCUGUGGUGGCGGCGGCAGCAGCGUUUGUGAACGGCGCCACCAGCAAGAAUCUGCCUGCCGUCCAGACGGUGGCGCCCAUGCCUGAAGACAGCCUGGAGAACAUGAGUGCCUAUUGUGAGGUGGCGCAGUGUGCAUUGCGCAGCAGUCAGACGCCUCCCGAGCUCAAGUCCUUUAGCUCCCUGGCCGGCUUCCAGACAACCCCCAGAGAUGCAGGACAGUGUUUUAGCAUCACCACCAAGCUGGAACGAGCGCUGGAGAAGGUGGCGCCGCUCCUGAGGGAAAUUUUUGUUGACUUUGCGCCAUUCCUAUCGCGCACGCUCCUGGGGAGUCAUGGGCAGGAGCUUCUCAUUGAAGGUCUGGUGUGUAUGAAGUCCAGCACGUCGGUGGUGGAACUGGUCAUGCUGCUCUGCUCUCAGGAAUGGCAGAAUUCCAUCCAGAAGAACGCGGGGCUGGCUUUCAUUGAGCUUAUCAACGAAGGAAGACUGCUGUGUCACGCCAUGAAGGAUCACAUUGUGCGUGUGGCCAACGAGGCCGAGUUUAUCUUGAACCGCCAGCGAGCAGAAGACGUUCACAAGCAUGCUGAGUUUGAGUCGAGCUGUGCCCAGUACGCGGCCGACCGUCGCGAGGAAGAGAAGAUGUGCGACCACCUGAUCGGUGCCGCCAAGCACAGAGACCACGUGACCGCCAACCAGCUCAAGCAGAAGAUCCUCAACAUCCUGACCAAUAAGCACGGAGCCUGGGGCACCAUGUCGCGGAGCCAAUUGCACGACUUCUGGCGUCUGGACUACUGGGAGGACGACCUGCGCAGGAGGCGGAGAUUCGUUAGAAACGCCUUUGGGUCCACACACGCCGACGUGAUGCUCAAAAGUCUCGAUGAUUACGGCUCGGUCGACGAGCACGACGGCAGCGUCAAGUCCAAGAAGAGCUUCCGCAGUCAGUCGGCAGUGGCGCAGAACCCGGAGGCUGACUUAAUGCUGGAAGGUGACGACGACGCCGUCAGCCUCCUGCAGGAGAAAGAAAUGGACAACCUGGCAGGCCCGGUGGUACUGAGCACGCCGGCCCAGCUGGUGGCGCCGGCGCUGAUGGCCCGCGGGACACUGUCGGUCACCACCACGGAGAUCUAUUUUGAGGUGGACGAGGACGACCCUGCCUUCAAGAAGGCUGACGCCAAGGUGCUGGCCUACUCGGAGGGUCUGCAUGGCAAGUGGAUGUUCAGCGAGAUCCGAGCUGUAUUUUCCAGACGCUACCUGCUGCACAACACAGGCCUGGAGGUCUUCAUGGCCAACAGAACCUCUGUGAUGUUCAACUUUCCCGACCAGGCCACGGUCAAGCGGGUGGUCUACAGCCUGCCGCGGGUGGGCGUCGGCACCAGCUACGGUCUGCCCCAGGCCAGGCGGAUCUCGUUGGCCACACCGCGUCAGCUCUUCAAGUCGUCCAACAUGACGCAGCGGUGGCAGCGCCGGGAGAUCUCCAACUUUGAGUACCUCAUGUUCCUCAACACCAUUGCAGGGAGGACGUACAACGACCUGAACCAGUACCCCAUCUUCCCCUGGGUGCUGACUAACUACGACUGCGAGGAACUUGACCUCACCUUGCCCGGCAACUUCAGAGAUCUCUCCAAGCCCAUCGGCGCUCUCAACCCCAAGCGGGCCGCCUUCUACGCUGACCGCUACGAGACAUGGGACGAGGAGGGUGCGCCACCCGACCACUACGCCACCCUUUACUCUACGGCGCACUCCACCCUCACGUGGAUGCUCCGAAUCGAGCCCUUCACCACCUUCUUCCUCAACACCAACCAGGGAAAGUUCGACCACGCUGAGCGGACCUUCUCGGGUGUUGGCCGCUCUUGGAGGAACUGCCAGCGGGACACGGCGGACGUGACGGAGCUGAUCCCGGAGUUCUACUACCUCCCUGAGAUGUUCGUCAACGGCAAUGAGUACAAGCUGGGCGUACGUGACGACGGGCUGCCCGUCAGCGACGUGGAGCUGCCCGUCUGGGCCAAAAAGGCCGAAGACUUUGUGCGCAUCAACCGCAUGGCGCUGGAGAGCGAGUUUGUGUCAUGCCAGCUGCACCAGUGGAUCGACCUGAUCUUCGGAUACAAGCAGCGGGGUCCCGAGGCCGUGCGGGCGCUCAACGUCUUCAACUUCCUGUCCUACGAGGGCGCCGUCAACCUGGACAACUUGGACGCGGCGCAGCGAGAGGUGAUUGAGGCGCAGAUUCAGGCUUGCGGGCAGAUCCCCUCGCAGCUCCUGAUCGAGCCGCACCCGCCCCGGUCUUCCGCCAUGCAUCUGUGUUUCCUUCCUCAGAGUCCUCUGAUGUUUAAGGAUCAGAUGCAGCAGGACGUAAUCAUGGUGCUUAAGUUCCCGUCCAACUCUCCCGUCACGCACGUGGCUGCCAACACACUGCCUCACCUCAGCAUCCCCGCCGCCGUCACCGUCACGUGCAGCCGCCUCUUUGCCGUCAACCGCUGGCACAACACCGUCGGCCUACGAGGUGCGCCGGGAUACUCCCUGGAGCAGGCUCACCACCUUCCCAUCGAGAUGGAUCCCCUCAUAGCCAACAACUCGGGCACCAACAAGCGCCAAAUCACGGACCUGGUGGACCAGAGCAUCCAGAUCAACACGCACUGCUUCGUGGUGACGGCCGACAACCGCUACAUCCUGGCAUGCGGCUUCUGGGACAAGAGCUUCCGGGUCUACUCCACCGAAACGGGGAAGCUAACGCAGAUCGUCUUUGGUCACUGGGACGUGGUGACAUGUCUGGCCCGCUCCGAGUCCUACAUCGGAGGAGACUGCUACAUUGUGUCCGGCUCUCGGGAUGCCACGCUUCUGCUGUGGUACUGGAGCGGGCGGCACCACAUCAUCGGUGACAAUCCCAAUAACAGUGAAUACCCCGCCCCACGGGCCGUCCUGACAGGACACGACCACGAGGUGGCGUGCGUGUCCGUCUGCGCCGAGCUGGGAUUGGUCAUCAGCGGGGCCAGAGAGGGCCCCUGCUUGGUGCACACCAUCACGGGCGACCUCUUGAGGGCCCUCGAAGGCCCCAAGCUGUGCCGUCAGCCGCGUCUGAUCUCGGUGUCCAGCGAGGGCCACUGCGUUAUCUACUACGAGCGAGGACGGUUCUGCAACUUUAGCAUCAAUGGCAAGCUUCUGGCUCAGAUGGAGCUAAACGACUCCACACGGGCUGUCCUGCUGAGCAGCGAUGGGCAGAACCUGGUGACGGGUGGCGACAACGGCGUGGUGGAGGUGUGGCAGGCCUGCGAUUUCAAGCAGCUCUAUAUCUACCCAGGAUGCGAUGCUGGCAUUCGAGCCAUGGACCUGUCACACGACCAGAGGACGCUGAUCACUGGCAUGGCGUCCGGCAGCAUCGUGGCGUUUAACAUCGACUUCAACCGCUGGCACUACGAGCAUCAGAACCGCUACUGACGCUGCGGGAAAGGAACUCUCCAGGUACACGAGAAGACGACUUGAGGUUCUGCUUGCUUUGACGGGACUCACUCUCUCUCAUACACGCACACAUGCGCGCGCACACACACACACACAUGCACGCCUGAGCCCAAAGACGACACAGCCAACAAAGUGCGGAUCGGUCGCCGGUGCUGGCGGGUCAGGUUCCGGGUUUGGUGGGUUCUGCUUUAACGCUUGAGUGAGCCAGAUACUCUUUCUCUUUGCCGAGAUGAUCCGCCUUUGGGAUCCUUUGAGGAUUUGUCCUCUUUCCUUUUGUGUCCUUUUGUCUCUUUUUCCUCGAAUUGAACGAGAGGGGCGAACGAGGGUGAUGAUUUUUCUUUUGCUGCCUUUUUCUUUCUACAUUUAGUGAUCGUGGUGUCAAAUAUGUACAGAACAACUCUUGCUUUUGCCGCCGGCCCCGCGUGCUCACAUUAUUGAAACAAAAGCAAUUUUCUUUCCUGUUUGCACUUUUUUUUUUUUUUAUCCUUCCCGAUUCGGCUUCUUUCUGAUUGCAAGGCAGCCAUUCCUCGGGGGGCUUUAAUUGUUCUGAAGACGGACCAGGUUCUUUGGGUUCCUUCUUGUCUAGGGCCAGGAUGAAUUCUUUGUGCAUUGAUGUUUGUAUUUAAACGCUCACAUGUGAAGAUUUUACAGCAAUAUGACAACGAGCGUGUGCACGACCGGCACGGCAGCCGCACACGCACGUAACUCCAGCCACACACGCACACAUCCAAAAACCAACAAACAAAAAAAGUUAAUUAUUUUUGGAUCUAUGAAACCCUGAAGAACUAUUGUAGUCAUGUUUUAUUGCAAAGAUGUAAAAUAUGACGUGUGAGUUGGAAAAAAAAU